UAUUUCCCCAACUCAACAUUCUUCUCAAGCUAACCUCUAAUAAUACACUAACAAUGGAUACUCCAUUUCUGUUCAAAUUUGUUUUUUUACAUAUUUUUCUUUUGUUUGGCUUUCUUGGUGACAAUAGAUUGUAUGCAAGUGAGCCUCAACUAACACUUGAUUACUAUGCAUCAACUUGUCCUACUGUGUUUGAUAUUGUCAGGAAGCAAAUGGAAUGUUCGGUGCUUUCUGAACCUCGUAACGCAGCCUCGGUUGUUCGGCUUCACUUCCAUGACUGCUUUAUUCAGGGUUGCGAUGGAUCGAUCUUGCUCGAUGAUACAUACACACUUAAAGGUGAAAAGAAAGCAGCUACCAACAUCCACUCUUUAAAAGGCUUUGAAAUUAUCGAUCAAAUCAAGAACUUUGUUGAAUCAGAGUGCCCUGGAGUUGUUUCUUGUGCCGAUAUUCUCACAAUUGCGGCUAGAGAUGCUGUGAUUCUGGUUGGUGGACCAUACUGGGAUGUUCCUGUGGGAAGGAAAGAUUCCGUGACUGCAAGUUUUGAACUUGCUAACACCAAUCUUCCAACACCUGAUGAAAGCCUUGUUUCUAUCAUUCCCAAAUUUCUUUAUCAAGGCCUAUCAGUCACGGAUAUGGUUUCCCUUGUCGGAUCCCACACCAUUGGUAUGGCAAGGUGUCAAAAUUUUCGAUCAAGAAUAUAUGGAGACUAUGAAUCAACUUCAGUGAAAAAUCCAAUCUCAGAUAAUCAGUUCAACAACCUGAAAUCUAUUUGUCCACCAAUUGGGGGAGGAGACAAUAACAUAACGGCAAUGGACUAUGUGACGCCUAAUCUCUUCGACAAUUCUUUCUACCAGUUACUAUUAAAAGGCGAGGGAGUUCUUAACUCAGAUCAAGAAAUGUACUCGAGUGUGUUCGGAAUCGAAACAAGAGAGCUUGUCAAGAAGUAUGCAGCAGACUCUCUUGCUUUCUUCCAGCAAUUCUCUGAUUCCAUGGUCAAAAUGGGAAAUAUCACAAAUUCAGAAAGCUUCAUCACGGGAGAAGUUAGGAAGAACUGCAGAUUUGUUAACACAUAAAACUUUCAUUUUUUGGAUUAUGUAUUUUAUGUUUGUUUCGACACAUAUAGAACCAUUAAUUUUAUGUGUUUCAGUCACUUUCAGCCAUAGCUAGUUGAUACAAUGAUAUGUAACAAAUGAAGCAAGCAAUUAUAUAAUGAACAAAUGAAGUAAAAUCGACUGAUUUCCUUUU